UAUGUGAUCACUUAUAAAGAAGAAGGGGGGAAAUAAACGUAUUUAUAGUGGGGGGGGAGGGGUUUAUAUCUAUACACAAAUGUUUUGCCUUUCAUUUGUAUUUUGAACUGAAUGGUACAGUUUCUAUGAAUGGACAUGGGCAAAGGAAAGGUUGGCCAUAGUCGGCACCAGGGGUGGAUUGACCAUUCAAGCACUCGGGCACUGCCUGAGGGCCCAGGCUCAGUAGGAAGCCCCAUGAGAUGCCCCUGUAUCUUUCAUUGGCUUUUUCAUAGGCUUUUUUUGGGUGUGGGCGAGGACACAGGGGCCCCAUGAUCCCCUAUUGCCUGGGGGCCCCAU